GAAAAAUGACGUUAUAGAGUUGAGGAAUAAACGUUUGGUUGUCAGGACCAGGAACCUUUGAUUGGUGUGUGUAUGUGUGGUGGAUGUUGUCAACACAAGUUAAGUAUUACAGUCAGCUGCCUACAGUGUCUGCCUACUCUAGGUUCAAGACGACAGCAUCUGCUGAGAAUGGCCAUUCAAGGUGUAUAUGGCAGAACACUGAUGAGACAUUUUAGAGGAGUUACCAAGGUGCUUCCAGUGCAAGAGUCAAGAAACAGAUCUACAUGGACGCAGUGCUCAAUACAUGAUUCAGCCACUUAUAAGAGAGCCCCGGACCCAAUGAUACCAUUCUUGUGUUUGCCAUUUCAUAGUUAUAACAGUUACCUACCUCCAGCCUGCUGUAAAAAAAAAAUUCUUCAGAAUGAAUCGCAGCUCCAACAGUUGGCCAAUAAAACCUCUUGUGUCACAAACAUUAGAUAUGGUCUUACUUUACAGAGCAUACAGUCAUCAUUAACCACUGCAGUCUCCUCAGAGUUUAGCAAGAUAAAUUUUAACAGAAGUGCAUUGUUCAGACGGAGUCACAAGUUCGGUGUUUUAUCUGGUCAGUUACCAUGGGAACCGUCAACUCGCUUACUGAACCAGGUUGCAGCUGGUAGUUUAUCCUUGCCAAGUGGAAUAGCCCCAAGUAUACGGCACGUAUCUCAAGGUAAAAAUGGCUUCACACACAUUCAUAACAGAAUAACUUCCCUUCAAGCAAAGAAAAGAACACAGAGGAAAAAGAAGCAACCACUAGCAGAGUCAGAAGAG